UGAGAAACCCUACCGUUAAUUAGGAGUAGUUUAUAAAUCAUGUUCACGAACCGAACCCAACAUGAAUUUAACUAUUAGCUUCCAAUGGUUCUGGUUCCUAAGUCCUCUCUGUGCGUAGUUGCCGGCCAAUUAGAACCUCUCUGUUCACACUAAUAUCCCAAAAACUGCAUAGGAAGACACAAUUCAGCUAUUUGACGAAGCUUGGAAAAGACUGAUCAGAUUGGAUUAGAUCAUGGAGACAGAAAAAAACGCAGACCUAAAACUAGAAGAGCCAGAAGAAGAAGGGUCGGAGCUUGUUCUCUUUCAAGUAUCAGAAAGCUAUGUUUACUUGAUACCUCCCAGAAAAAGUUCAGCUUCAUACAGAGCUGAUGAGUGGGAUGUGAACAAGUGGGCGUGGGAGGGCAGACUAAAGGUUAUAAGCAAAGGAGAGGAAUGCAUAAUUAGACUUGAGGACAAGGCAACAGGUGAACUAUAUGCUCGGGCUUUUCUGAGAGAUGGGGAACCUCAUCCAGUAGAGCCUGUGAUUGAUAGUAGCAGAUACUUUGUUCUCCGGGUAGAAGAGAAUAUUGGAGGUCGGCUUAGGCAUGCUUUUGUUGGCAUUGGAUUCCGGGAAAGACCGGAAGCUUAUGAUUUCCAAGCUGCCCUUCAUGACCAUAUGAAGUAUGUAAACAAGAAGAAAACUGCUGAAGAGAUGGAACAACAAUUCCAGAAGAUGUCGUCAACUGAUUACAGUCUGAAAGAAGGGGAGACUCUUGUACUUGAAAUAAAAAAUAAAGCGGGAGGUGGCGGGACGAUAAAGUCAAAGUUCUUUGAACAAGGUUUGAAUCAUCUGUCAUUAGAGGAAAGAGGCAACCAAAAAGAGAGCGCUAUUUUAAUUAAACCCCCACCCCCGCCCCCAACACCCAUCGGCACUGUGGACAAUUCUCCACCCAUCUUUAGUCUUGAACAUCAAUCGGGGAUGCCUCUAAAUCUAAGACCGCUGGAUGUUAAAGAUGAUGAUGAUGAUUUUGGGGAUUUUCAAGCAGCUGGGUAGUAAUCACAAUAACAAUAAUAAUGAAUGUGGGGUCUCAUAUCUGUAUUCUUAGAACGUCUGGAUUUAUUCACAUUUGAUUUGAUGAAUGCCUUUUUGUAGCCUGGAUAACACACAUACAUUCGAAUAAAAUUCUCAAAAGUGCUUAUUAGUUAGGAUGAUGAUUACAUGUGAAUCUCAUAUUGAUAAAUGACAACUAAGGUUUCAUGUGGAUCAAUAAGACAUUAUAGUUACAUGUGAAUUUCAUAUUGAUGACUAAAGUUUCGUAGCCCGUCAUUUUUGGACA